AUGAGGGUGGUGUCGUCCGCGAACUUGAUCAGCUUCACGGAGUCGUGGCUGGAGGUGCAGUGCACACGACCGUGGGACCCUCUGAACGACCUGAUCCAGUUUGAAAAAGAUGGAUGCAUUCAAACCAAAGUGCGCCACCAGACGCCCAUGGUGACUGUGCCAAAGAGGAAACACAAAAGUGACCAGUCCAAAAGUCCAGAGAGCGGCUGUUCUUCCCCGGAACCGGACCACCACGACUCCUCCGGCAGCGAGCGCCACCAAAGCAAACACAGCAGCAGAGUGAGGACGAGGGGUGCUGACCUGAGCGAGCUGCAGAACUCCAUCGAGGCUAUCAAGAAGACACAAGAAGACAUCAAUAAGUGA